AUAUAAAAACGUUUUUUGUUUUUACUUUUUCCAACGAACGCAGGAAAAUUAAUGAAUUUUUAUAAGUUAGUUUUUCCUAACUAAAUUUUCAACUGAAAAACAGACAUUAGUGUUGCAUCAUGGUGUUAGCGGAUUUAGGACGAAAAAUUAACAACGCUCUACGAUCGUUAAGCAAUGCAACCAUCAUAAAUGAAGAGGUUCUGCAGUCCAUGCUAAGUGAAAUCUGCAGAGCUCUUUUGGAAUCUGAUGUUAACAUUCGUCUUGUGAAAAAGCUGAGAGAAAAUGUGCGUUCGGCUAUUGACUUUGAUGAGAUGGCAUCAGGUUUAAACAAGAGGAAAAUGAUACAGUCGGCUGUUUUCAGGGAGCUGGUUAAGCUGGUUGAUCCCGGAGUCAAAGCAUGGCAACCUACUAAAGGAAAACCAAAUGUUAUUAUGUUCGUCGGUCUUCAAGGUAGUGGUAAAACUACGACAUGUACCAAGUUGGCUUAUUAUUAUCAACGGAAGAACUGGAAAACCUGUUUGAUUUGUGCAGAUACUUUCAGAGCUGGUGCUUUCGAUCAGUUAAAACAAAACGCAACCAAAGCAAGGAUUCCUUUUUAUGGUUCGUACACAGAAGCUGAUCCUGUGGUUAUUGCCAGUGAAGGUGUGGAAACAUUUAAAGAAGAGAACUUUGAAAUUAUUAUCGUAGAUACCAGUGGCAGACACAAGCAAGAAGAUUCUCUCUUUGAGGAAAUGCUCCAGGUCUACAAUGCAGUGGCCCCUGAUAAUGUUAUCUUCGUUAUGGAUGCCUCUAUUGGUCAAGCUUGUGAGGGCCAAGCACGGGCUUUUAAAGAAAAGGUCGACGUGGCUUCAGUUAUUGUUACAAAACUUGACGGUCACGCUAAAGGUGGAGGUGCCCUCAGUGCAGUUGCAGCAACUCAGUCCCCGAUUAUUUUCAUUGGUACUGGUGAACACAUUGAUGAUUUUGAAAUGUUUAAAACUCAGCCUUUUGUGAGAAAACUUCUAAAUAUGGGAGACAUUGAGGGACUUAUUGAUAAAGUGAAUGAACUAAAACUGGACGACAAUGAAGAGUUGCUGGAUAAAUUAAAGCAUGGACAAUUCACACUAAGAGACAUGUACGAACAGUUUCAAAACAUUAUGAAGAUGGGACCUUUUAGCCAGAUUAUGAGCAUGAUACCUGGGUUCAAUGAUUUUAUGACGAAGGGGCAUGAAAAGGACUCUACGGAAAGACUUAAGCGACUGAUGACCAUCAUGGACAGCAUGACAGAUGAGGAAUUGGAUCAUAAAGAUGGUGCAAAGUUGUUCUCAAAAAAUCCGAGCAGAGUGGCUCGUGUUGCAAGAGGUUCUGGCACUUUGCCAAAGGAAGUAAAUGAGUUACUUGGCCAGCACGGAAAGUUUGCACAGAUGGUGAAGAAAAUGGGUGGCAUGAAAGGACUUUUUAAACCUGGGGGCAUGGACAAAAACGUUAACCCAUCUCAAAUGGCAAGGCUUAAUGGUCAAAUGGCAAAGCUUAUGGAUCCUCGUGUAUUACAACAAAUGGGUGGCAUGAACGGAUUACAAAAUAUGAUGAGACAGUUUCAAGGUGGCGGAAAUCCUCUUGGUGGUAUGAAAUAGUGACAAACAUAUGCAACGUUGUGGUGUAUUCCUGCCCAAGUUUAAUUUGUAUAAAUUAAACAAUUGUUCAAUUGUCGGCAAUUUCAAUUCUUCCAAAUAAUUAGGAAUAUUGUCCAUGGACUGUUAUUGUAUUUUUUUCACUGUUUUUACUUGUUUUAUUGAUAUGCCUUGCAAGAAUGUACAGAUCCUGGGUUUGGUGGAUAAGGAAGAUUUAUUUUCGGCCGCAUUUUCAAUGUUUUGUAUACUUCCAUUUUGUUUUCUGUGUUUUUGGAAGAUGUUUGCCACACAGACAAGAAAUUGUUGAAGGCCAGACUUUUGUUUUUGAAAUCACACCAUGUAUAUACAUUGUAUAAUUUUGACGAAAUGAUAGAUUGUUUUCUAUUGUGCAAUAUUGUGGUGUUGGAGGGAUAAAAAGUGGUUUAUAAACUGAAAUUCUGUAUUGAAAAACUUGUCCAUCUAUAUCACAUUUUUAAAUAACUUGGGUAUAUACUGAUGUAACAUAACAAUUUGUGUGCAUGAAACUACAUAUUGUUUUUUUUUUGAAAGAGUUUUGGUUAAAUAUUUAAUAUGGCGCCGCGUGAACUAAUUUUAGUACGUUUGUAUUUUAUUUUUCUGUGGUUGCUUGAAAGGAUAUAAUAUUGAAUCAUAGAAUUGUGCUAUUUACCAAUGGCCACUUUUUUGAAUGAAAAUGUCAGUUAAACUUGUCGGUUUUACAGA